AUGCUGUCGUUCCAAUGCCUCACGCCGCUUCUCAAAAUCGUGCAAAACGAAAAAUCUUACAAAAUUCAACUUUUAACAGUUGAACCACACCAAACCAUUUUGCAAAUUUUAAAACAAAUUGGACUUGAAUACCGGGUAAUGUAUCGAUCCAUGAGAAAUGCACUUUACCAUAGACACACUAACAAACAUGUCAACGUAAUCAUUAAUGAUUCUGAAAACGAUUUGUUGUUGCAUUACGGUGGUACAAGCUUUAUUUUGAUCGGUGGACGGGCUGUUCACGGACUGCUGCACAUAGUUUUUGUAUUUGAACAGGAUGAAGCUCGUGAAUACCUAAGGAAAGCGCACGGUGGUGAACACGAAAAAGACAAGUGUACGAGUUAUUGCUCGACUAAACGAGGUAAAAGGAAACAAAAUAUAAAGAAAACCACUCUCAAGAACACCAAACAACCAAAUGAUGGCCCGGUAGCAGCUUUUGAUGACAGUAUCGAUUUGCUGGUCAAAAAGUAUUACCGAUUCUACACACUGGCACAGUUAAAUUCUCAGCUGAAACCAAAGAAGGAAGAAACAAUUCCCGAUUUAUCCUGGUUAGAAGGUGCAGUGAUCUUUUCGCUAUGCUACUACAACAAAUUCGCGGAUAUUGCAAGAAAUGUGCUGAAAAUGAAAAACGAUGGGAAUGACAGCUUCAAAAUUUUAAUGGCAUUGAACAAACUCAUAAAGUACGGAUUUGCAAAGAGAAGGGGUGGUUGUUAUUCGUUGGCACUCAGCAGCGAAAGUGUGUAUUCGAUAUGUAACAAAAUAGGAUAUGACGUGAAAAAAGAGAUCGAAAUUAAAAGCAAACGUUGA